GCAUUCUCCAUUCCAUAAUUUCCAUUUCUAUAGAAUUUGAUAACGCCACACCCCCAUCUCUUUUGACUUUCCUUGGCCUAUAUAUUACCAUACACACACUUAUUUGGCCUUACCACGAAAUUUCCUAAAAAUACAUGAAAUACUCAUUACUUAAAUGAUGACUGAUCUCAAGGAAAUUCAAACAAAGGUCGACAUUAAACUUGCCGAAUUGCGUCAGCAAGCACACUAUGCUAUAAACAAAUACGAUUACCAUCACAAAAAUGAUGAACUACAAAUAAUUGAACAAUAUAGAAAUAUUUUGAAGCAAGUGGCAAGCACUCACACGAGAUUCCUCAAUGAAAUGCAAAAGUUCAAUCAAACAUUAAAUGAUGCCAAAGAAAUGAGCGCACAUUUUGACCAGUUGUUAAAGGAAUCAAAGCCAACAACGCAGCAAUUAUCAUUGUCGCCAUUAAAUGAACAAAACGAGAUGAAGAACCUGCACCCGCUGUCAUGUACAAAGAAGGACAAACUCAAGGACACCACUUCAAAAAAACAACUCUUCCCACCUUCAUAAGCUGGUUCUACUGCUGCUGUUGGGUUGUUCCCGCUUCCUCCAUCAUCUCCGCAACCAUCACUAUCAUCCACUGUAGAUUCAAGAUGAUUUAAGAGAAAAACAAAUUUUUAUUUUUUUUUUGUUGUUGUUUUCCUGUAGACAAAACUUGCAGUUAAAACAUUUAUUUAAAACUUUCAAUGUCUUUCUUUUCUUUUUUUUUUUUUUCUUGUUUUUAUGUUUUUUUGAUUGAGGUUUUUGGUUGUUUUUUUCUUUCUUUUUUUUGUUUUUAUUUUUAAAUAAAUACUUUAAAUACAUUUUUUCUACAUUUUACAAACAAGCAGCAGCGUUUUU